CGACUGCAGAAGCAGGCGUGCGAGGGGUGGGUAAGCCGGUUCUGUUGCAUCAGCGGCUGCGCGGAGACGAAAUGCGGCUUUUCGUGAGCGACGGCGCUCCGGGGAACUUGCCCGUCCUGGCCGCGGCCGGGCGGGCAGGGGCCAGGGGCGAGUUGCUUAUCAGCACCGUGGGCCCCGAAGAUGCGUGUGGUCCCAUUCUUGACCUCGGGCCUAAACUUCCAGUCCUGAAACUAGAAAGUGGCCACUACCUCUUCUCUACUAGUGCAAUUUGCAGGUAUUUCUAUUUAUUAAUCGGUUGGGAGCAAGAUGACCUCAUUAACCAAUGGCUGGAAUGGGAGACAACAGAGCUACAGCCUGUUCUUUCCGUUGCCCUCUAUAACUUGGUGGUCCAGGGAAAGAAGGAGAGGAUGUCCUUUCGGCCUGUACGAAGGGCAUUGAUCCACAUCGACCACAGCCCUGAGUCGGCGGAGCUGCCCUUUCUGGCAGGAGUAAGUUGGUCUUUGGCUGAUAUCGUUCUGUGGGGAGUGCUGUACCCAUUACUGCCAGGAUCCAACUUACCUCCUGAUGAACUUGCUGCCUUGCAGACCCUGGUUCCGGACCUGAGUGUCCGACCAUGCCAGCAGGCAGUUGAAUCUGUGCUGAAAAAGCAGGGGGCCUUGGCUCUCCGGGCAUAUCUGCAAAGACAACCAAGCCCAGUUUCCUUAGAGAGACCUGUCAGUAAUGAGCCUGAGGUGGAUGAGCUGUCUGCUCACACUCUUUCUGAGGAGGAGAUCGCCACAGCCUUACAGCGUGGGGAGCAAGGACGGGAGGCUCUGCCUCCACUUAGAACCCGGCAGAACCCAGUGUUGCCAGUAGCUGGAGAAAGGAAUGUACUCAUCACCAGUGCCCUUCCCUAUGUCAACAAUGUUCCGCAUCUUGGAAACAUCAUUGGUUGUGUCCUUAGUGCUGAUGUCUUUGCCAGGUACUCCCGACUACGGCAGUGGAAUACAUUGUACUUGUGUGGGACAGAUGAGUAUGGGACAGCAACAGAAACUAAAGCCAUGGAGGAGGGCCUAACACCGCAGCAGAUCUGUGACCAAGUACCCACACCCAUCCAUGCUAACAUCUACAGCUGGUUUAACAUUUCCUUUGACUUCUUUGGACGGACCACCACGCCACUUCAGACUAAGAUCACCCAAGACAUCUUUCAGAGGCUGUUGUCAAGGGGCUUCUUGCUCAAGGACACAGUGGAGCAGCUGAGGUGUGAGCGGUGUGAGCGCUUCCUUGCUGACCGAUUUGUGGAGGGCGUGUGUCCUUUCUGUGGCUAUGAGGAGGCCCGUGGUGACCAGUGUGACAAGUGUGGCAAGCUCAUCAAUGCCAUUGAGCUAAAGAAGCCUCAGUGUACGAUCUGCCGGGAUCCCUGUGGUGAAAUCUUCCAGCACUUGUUCCAGGACCUGCCCAAGCUGGAGAAACGCCUGGAGGAGUGGCUGGGCCGGACUCUCGCUGGCAGUGUGACACCCAACGCUCGAUUCAUCACUCGGUCUUGGCUCCGGGAUGGGCUCACACGGUGUAUAACUCGUGACCUCAAAUGGGGUACCCCCCUGUCUCCCCUAGAGGGCUUCCAGGACAAGGUGUUUUAUGUUUGGUUUGAUGCCACAAUUGGUUAUCUGUCCAUCACAGCAACUAUACUACCAUGGGAACGGUGGUGGAAGAAUCCAGAAGAGGUAAACCUCUACCAAUUCAUGGCCAAAGACAAUGUGCCUUUCCACAGUGUUGUUCCUUGCUCAGCCCUCGGAGCUGAAGACAAUUAUACCCUGGAGCACCUCAUUGCCACAGAAUACCUGAACUAUGAGGAUGGGAAGUUCUCUAAGAGCCGAGGUGUGGGGGUGUUUGGGGACAUGGCCCAAAACACGGGCAUCCCUUCUGACAUCUGGCGCUUCUACCUGCUCUAUGUUCGGCCUGAAAGCCAGGACAGUUCGUUCUCCUGGACUGACCUGAUGCUCAAGAAUAAUUCCGAAUUGCUCAACAACCUGGGUAACUUUGUCAACAGAGCUGGGAUGUUUGUGUGUAAGUUUUUUGGGGGCUGUGUGCCAAAGAUGAUGCUAACUCCAGAUGACCAGCGACUACUUGCCCAUGUCACAGUGGAGCUCCGACAGUACCACCAACUGCUGGAGAAGGUCAGGAUCAGAGAUGCCCUUCGCUGUAUCCUUACCAUCUCACGGCAUGGCAACCAGUACAUUCAAGUGAACGAGCCCUGGAAGCGGAUCAAGGGCAGUGAAGCUGAUCGACUCCAUGCCGGCACAGUGACAGGCGUGGCAGUGAACAUGGCUGCCCUGCUCUCCAUCAUGAUGCAGCCCUACAUGCCGACAGUCAGCACAACUAUCCAGACCCAGCUGCAGUUGCCACCGGUGGCCUGUGCUGUCCUGCCUACUGACUUCCCAUGCUUCUUGCCCGCCGGGCACCAGAUUGGAAUCGUUAGUCCCUUGUUCCAGAAGCUAGAAAUCGACCAGAUUGAAAGCCUGAGGAAGCGCUUUGGAGGGGGCCAGCUAGAAGAUCCUUUGGAGCUGAAGGCCAAAGUUUCCAAGGCAGAAGCCCCCCCACUACUAGCCGAUCCUGAGCAGGUCAAGCUACUGACGGAUGCAGUGACAAAACAGGGCAACGUUGUCCGAGAGUUGAAGGCACGGAAAGCGGAUAAAGCCCAGGUGGCGGCUGAGGUGGCUAAACUGUUGGAACUCAAACAACAGUUGGCCCUGGCUGAAGGGAAGCCUCCUGAACCUCCAAAGGGCAAGAAGAAGAAAUGAAAAUGAAACCCGAGACACCAUUUGAGUGUGCUUGAGUACAAAUCACUUUAAUGCAGUGGGUCAGACAUAAUAAAUAUAACAUCUAUAUACA